AUGCAAUUCGAGUACUUCUCCGAAUUUCACCCGCAUACCUGUAAUACGAGAGCGCAUGAUAGACAGGAAGCCCAUCUCCAUUUCCUCGUCGAACAACAGGGCGCUCUCCGGCAUUAUGGCGUCAUUUUAAGAGAAUGGAAACCCCUCCCUCAUCAGCCACUAAAGGGACCCGAUCACUUUGACGUCUCGGAUAUCAAUCAGCUGGCCAUGGAUGAGGAUUAUCAUGUCCAAGUUAAAGCUGUGGAAGAUAUUGAUGCUAAUCUGGAGGCGAUUUUAAUGGAAUUGGCGGGAAAAGUGGACUUUAGUCAUUUGUUAAUGAUCGACCCUACCCCCAGAAACCUCCUGAAAUGGUCGGAUUGCCUCGUAGCCCUGAAAACGACAAUCCACAGACUACAGACUACAUUCACCCAGGGCGAAAUGCCCUCAGAAAUUAAUGAAUUCUUGUGGAAACUGAAGGGAACGAGCAGUAUUAAGUUGAUAGCCGAUGCUGGGAAUUCUCUCCCUGCUGGAAUCCUAAAAAUACCUACCGUAAUUGGUGCGGAGACGCUGCAGAUCGAGUUGGGACAUUUCUCGGCGCGUUCCCAAUCUCACAAGGAAGAAUCGAAUCAACAAUUGGAGGCAGAAGAAGAUGUGAUGGGAUUGAGGGGGAAGACGAUACACAUCAGAGGGGCUAGAAUUACACCAAAGGAGUCUAAUCGGAUUAUCAAGUGCUGGCUCUCCGCGCCCCAGCCCACAAAAAUCGACAUAAAAAUCGCGAUCGACUCGGCGAGAUUCUCGAAGGAGGAAGUGUUUGACGGGAUACAAUAUGAGCCCCGCAACGCCCAAUAUCGGGGCCAAUAUUUGAUCGAGCGGCCGAACGGCAAUGGUAUUCUUGCGGAACAGGCCGUUGUCUCGUAUCUAUGCGGAAACUUCACCCUCAGCACCCAGAUCGACACGGAGAAACAGCUGCAGCGGUGGUUCUUC